AUGAAGUCAACAUUACUUGGCUUCGCCGCCCUCGCCGCCCUCCUGGCGCCCGCAGUCGCCAUCCCCCUCUUCCCUACCAAUGACACCACCAGCUACGACACGGUGGGUCUCAAAGGGGGCUUCGACCCGGCCAAGAUUAUGGAAAAGGACUGCCUGAGGUGGUGCCCACACAUCGUCCCCGGGCUCCAUGCCUACAAACAGCCCGCUACAUUUGACUGCAGGCUUCGCUGUCGCUCCGAGGCCUUUUACCGGGCGAGCCGCCAGGUCAGCUCACAAGCCGCCAAAGCGGCCAUAAAUAAAACCCGAGCUGAGGGCUUUUCCCGCGAGCCAGUCGUCCCGCUCGAGCUCGGGCUGUUCCUCAAGAAGCACCGCUUAUUGAACACAACCGGUAUCGAAAGCCGAAGCGAGGGCGACAUGGCGUCUCAGGUUGCUGUCGGAGGAGAUGAAGUUAAGAUAGACCCCAAAAAGCCGAAGGGCAAUCCCUGCGCCUGGCCGACUGAGUGGGACAAUUCCGCAGAGAGCCAAAGGGAGAUGCAUACCUGCCUCGCGUCCUGUCCCGUCGGCUCCUUCUUCGGCGUCUGCCUGCACCCUUGCUUCUUGGAAAUCAUGGAGAGGCGGUGCGGAGAGAAGACGGCGGAGCAGUAUUACAAGCCCCAGGGCGCAGAGCACUGGGCUGGGAUCCGGAGGCAGUGGGGGCCGAAUCUUCCGGGGAUUCCUCCAGAGAAGCUGCCCAAGUUACUCGUUGAUUAUCCUCCCAUCACUCACAAUUUUCCUGGCGGUGGCAAUGCUAUUCCCGGUGACGAAUAUCUCCUGGACUAA